AUGUAUUCAAGAAAAGCACUGGGUGCUAAUGGCAGAAUGUCCUCGAUCCCAACUCUAUCGAGUAGAACAAGCACUCCUUCAGGAAUGUAUGAUGAAGAAAAAGAGGGUUGUAAUUCCGAGUUUUCGUUCAGUGAGUACAUACCGAUAGCAUACAAAACCUCCUCCAUAGCGGGUGAUGAAGAAUAUUCGUACACAAAAAGAGCCAAAUUCAAUCCCGCACACCACUCGUUAUCGAAUAGAUCUAGGUCUGAUAGGAACGAUAUUGAGACUUUGAGAGAAAGUUCGUUGGCAGCCAUUAGGGAAAGCCAGUUAACGAGGAUGGAGUCUGAAAUUGGACUAAUUCAGUUUAAUCUCAAUGAAUUAAAGAGGGAAAUGAUGAGACUCACCGAUUCAUCGCAACAAGACCGAAAAACCACUCAACAACUUCAACAAGAGUUAAGAAAUGCUGACCGGCUGCUGAAACAGCUUGAAGAGGAUGAAGAGAUCCUCUCUAUUGAGCACAGCAAAUCCACUCCCAACAAAAAGAAAACUCCAAUCAAAACAGUAAAACAAUCCCACGAUGGUUCCAAUCUUGAUGAAUACGGAGAGACAGAAAGGCUUAUCCAGGACGAGUUAGAAAUUUUAAAGAGAAUUUAUGCUGACAACUUGGAGUUCUUACUUGUUGUACUCAAAGAGAUGAAAUUUAUUUCCAGUAACUCAGCCCGAAUGGAGUGUUUAGAUUUUCUAUCACAGAUUAGAAAAAGAGAAGAAUGUGAAAUUGAAAGGUUGAAAUCACCAAAGAAGAACAUUAGUUUUUGUGGAAGAGAAGGAAAUACCAGCUGCUCCAAAGGAAAUAUAACUUCAGGAGAUGCGGUGUCGGUAACAACUUCUUUAAGGGUUGGAACUAGCUCAGACGCUGGUAACGACGAUCUAGAGAGUGUUUAUUCGGAAUUUGAUGAUAACAGAAGUGUCAAUGAGUUGAUGACAUUAAUGAACGCGAACGUAGAAGAAUUAGUCAAUAAGUUGGCAGCAGAAAAAUCAAUCGAGGAAAUUGAGAGCCCUGUUUCUAAAGGAGAUGUUAUUCAUUUGUGCAGGGAAAUAUAUUCUCUUUUGAACGACAUGAGCGUUGAGUCUGACAUUGAGAUAAUCAAUUCCUGCUUUGAUGUCCUUGAGCUUUAUAUUGGAAAAGCGUUGGACGAAUUAGUUCAAGAGGACAUGGUCACCGACCUCAUGGACAUUUUAACAACCUUUUUAUUCUUCUACAGAGCAGUAGGACGACUUUUAAAUCAGGCUGAAUUUGUGGAUGAAAAUCUCCAAAGAGAAUUCGUUGAGCAAAGGUUUGAAAAAUUAAGAGAAAAGAAAGAUCGUGAUAUAGAUGGAAUUGUAAGAAAUAGAGCUCACUGCUUGGCAAGAAAUGAACCAAGGGAAAAGAUUGACAAACAAGAUUUAGUUAAAGAAGAUGGAACGAGAAGCGACGAUCAAGAUCGAGAUGACAAAUCCAACAGGGAACUUGAGGAGGAACGAGAAAAUUUGCUUGACAAUCUCAUGACAAUUGAGGAGUUGAUGUUUAGAGAUAGCUUAGAAAACGAUGACAACGAUACCAUUGAAACCAAAGAAGACCCAGAUGAUGAAGAAGAGAAGCAAGAAAACAGCACUGAAGCCAUUGUAUCAGAUGCAGGAAUUGUUUACACAAGCCCAAAGACAAGCUCUCAACUUCAAUCAACUCCCCCAAAAACCAGCUCUUCUCCUUCCCAACAGCAUAAGACCCAAUCGUUGAGACCUCUGGGAAUCACUGUUAACGAGGAGAAGCUGAGGGAAAUGAUGGAGAAAGAAGCGGAAGAGUUGGACAUGCAAUUUCUAUUGAAAGCUGGUUCUAUUAAGAGUGCAGACAACAACAAUCGAGAUUAUACUGAGUAUGCAUCGAAUUACUUUAAUACCAAUUAA